AUGACUAUCAAAAAGACUACGAAAAGCUUACUAAGCUCAGUAUUCAUCUCCCGGAUUCGAAACUCCGGCGAAUCUUCUAUCGCUUCCGGCACCGUCAAAGACAGAGACAUCGCCGGAACUUCUCAAGCGGUCAAAAACCUCCUCAUGUCCAAAAACUCUUCCUCCUCUGGUAACGAUAAAGAAUCCGAUUUGAUUUUUCCCAACAUCUUGUGCGUAGAUCUUGAGGAAGCUCCAUUAACGGAUCAAGUAUCGAAUCUAUUACGUGUAACCAGUGCUGAGAAGAGCUCUUCUUCGAAAACGAAUGUAUUGAAGAUACCGAGUUUUAACACUAAGAUCCCUUUCGAUAUCUCGUUAAGAUCGAAAGAGUUGUCGCGUGAAAGGAAGGCGAAACAUGUUUACAACAAGAACAGUCUUUCUCGACGUUUCGCAAAGAUAUAUAGAGACUCUGCUCAUAAACUAGGAACCGAGGUUACGUUUGGUGCUUUCGAUAGGGUGGCGGAAGAAAUGAGUGGAAGAGAAUACAAUGCAAUGAUUGGAGUUAACUUAGAGCUUGCUGAGAGAAGCCAUGAUUUAGAAUAUGCUCUUGACCACAUCGGGAAGGCUUUUGAGCUUCUGAAAUCCAUGAGAGAUCGUGGAUUCUCGGUAGAAGAAAGAGUUUACGGUCCUCUUCUUGAUUACUUAAUUAGUAUGGAUAUGGUAGAGGAGUUCCAUAGUUUCAAAGAUGUCAUUAGGGAGGCGAAUCCCCCUUCGGUUGAAAGACUUGGUUACUAUGAAAUGCUUCUUUGGAUCCAACUUGGUGACGGAGAGAAGAUUGAGGAACUCUGCGGUACAAUUGAUGGUAAUAAUGGAGAAAGCUUAUCAAUUUUACAAGAAAAUUAUUUGCUUGCACUAUGUAAGAAAGGCCAGAAGGAUCAUCUUCAGAGGGUCUUAGACAUUGUAGACAUAACAAAUGUUCAUACGUCGAACCUAUUGGCAAACAUAUUUGGAUGCCUUGGGAGGUUUUCACUGGAUUCUGUUGCGACAAAGUUACUUUGGGAACUAAGACAAAGUGAUGAAGGAGUGAAGAACGUUUCAGAUCUCAUCUCUAUGUAUUCGACUUGCACCCCAAAUCUGAUGGUUGAGGAUGCCAUCUUGAAGUUCAACAAGCUGCAUAAAGAACUAGAUGUUAUGCCUUCAUCUACAUCGUACGAGAAGCUUGUCAAGUAUCUAUGUGACUCAAAUGAGGUAGUCACUGCUCUUGAUGUAGUUGAAAAAAUGGGGGAAGCGGAUCUCAUAAUAUCGGCAGAUAUUCUUCGUUCAGUGUUACAUGCUGUUGAUGAAGUUCUUGAGUUUAAUUUGGUGCGAAGAAUCCAUUCAAUCAUGUGCACRAAGAGUGUGAAACCAAAUAGUGAGAACUUCCGGAGCAUUAUACGUUUGUGCACUAGAAUCAGAGAUUUUGAAGGUGCAUAUAAUAUGCUUGGUAAUUUGAAGAACUUCAAUUUGGAACCAAAUUCUAGCAUGUUCAAUUGUAUAUUGGCUGGAUAUUUUCGGGAGAAAAAUGUGAGCAGCGCGUUAAUGGUCGUCGAGCAAAUGAAGGAUGCUGGCGUUAAACCUGAUUCCAUAACUUUUGGCUAUCUAAUAAACAACUGUAGCCGGGAGGAUGCUAUUACUAAGUACUACACGGAGAUGAAGCAAGCAGGAGUUCAAGCUACUAAGCGAGUUUACAUGUCCCUGAUAGAUGCAUAUGCAGCAUCUGGGCAGUUUGAGAAGGCAAAACAGGUGUUGUUAGACCCAGAUGUUCCGGCUAGAAACCAAGAUGAGCUGAAAAGUGUGCUUAUUUCGGCUCUUGCAUCACAUGGUAGAAGGGCAGAUGCCUUAAGUAUAUAUGAAGAAAUGAAGAAAGCCGAAUGCCACGUAGAUCCAAAAUCGAUUAUAUCUCUUAUAGAAUAUUCUGAUUCAAAGGGAGAUUUAAGUACGCUGGUUCAAUUGGCUGAUGACCUGCAAGAUGAUACUAGUUGGAUAGAUGGUUUCUUCAGAAUGAUCUUGUUCGCUGUCCGCAAUAAAAAGUCAAGCAGUAUUCUUGAUUUGCUGAAGCAGAACAAGGUCAGGUUGUCCAAGGUUAACAUCCAUGCGGAAUAUCAUUUUGACGAGGUGUUCUGGGCGAUCGCAGAGACAGAGCCAAGUGAUGUGAAGCUAGGGAAGGAUUUACUAAGAUUUAUGAAAGAGGAGCUUGGGUUUGUUCCUUCAAGAAAAUGCCUAGAUUUUCUCUUACACGCUUGUGUCAAUGCCAAGGACAUGGAUAUCGGUCUAUUGGUGUGGAAAGAGUACCAAUCUGCAGCACUUCCUUGCAACGUCCUAAGCUUUCUGAGGCAAGCCACUCUUGUUUCUCCCUCUAGAUUCGUUCUACUGGCUUCAGGGGAUACAGAAGGUGCCAAGAAGCUGGUAUCAAAAAUUCCAAAAGAUGAUGAAGAUGUUAAACAUAUCAUCGCCGAAAGCCAGAUUGUAUAUUCUUAUUCUCGAACACCCAAAAAGAAGAAAUCAAAACAGAGAACGACUGUUUCCCCAACAAAGUAG